AUGAUGGGCGAUUUUCUUGAGCGAUUGAAGGGCCGAUGGGUUCAGGUGAAAACAGAAAACAUGGAUGCAAUCUACAUCGCUUCCCAAGCGAGUUACAUCAAACGCAAAGUCGCACAAAUGAUGACCGUGCAUUUGCAAGUCGACUACCCUAACCCGACAUCUAUGUUUAUGUCCUUUCAAUCAAAACUGAAGAACAUGGACAUGAACUUGUCUUUCGAAGGCCCUUCUCCUCACUUAUCCCUCAGCGAUGAGCCAGUUGAAUCUACCGUUAAAGUUGAUGGAAAUCAAAUGAUCCUCCAUUCAACUGGAAUGGCGUAUGGCGACACCACUCGAUAUUUCACUUUCAACGAGGAAAAUCAACUCGUCAUCAAGCAACAAAUCAAGGAAGUUAUCGGUACCCGAUGGUUUGAGCGAGAAAAUCAACCUCCAAAAGCUGCUUAA